AUGUCUACAAAUCGCAAACGAGGUGUUAGCGGCAAACCUGCCAAGCAUGACCAGGUGCCAAAAGGCCCUGGAAAAGCUGUUAGUGAUCAGGCUGAUGGAGAUUCCUUAUCAGAGACUGGGAACAAUGAACAGAAAGUGCGUAAGGUCGGGCGACCAAGGAAAUAUCCGGUGGGCACUCCAGUUGCCUCUGGUGGAAAUUCAGGUUCGACACCAGGGAAGGGAUCAGCAGCAUCAUUAUCAUCGUCAUCAUCUGGGACUAGUGAUGUCAACAAAAAAUCUAUACUCAGCACAAAUGAUUCUCCAAAAAAAGUACCAAAGAUGAAGAAAAUGGUGCAAGCUGACAGUAAGAAAAAAAAUGUCAAUAAACGUGCCAUGGAACUUGAAGACACAUCCAAAAAAGCCAUCGAUAAACUCCAGAAAGCAAAGACUAAGACAAAACUACUAGAAUUGGACAAGAAAAAGCAGCUAGGGGUAGGGAAAGUGGUCAGUAAGAAGAAAACGGUGACCAAAGUAAAGAAGUCUGUUGGCAGCACCAAAAAAAAUUCCAAAGACGCUCAGGCCAAACUGAAGAGCAAGAGUGGUACUGGCGGGGCUGCUUCUUCGUCAUCGUCGUCUUCAACAAAAGAUUCGAAGCCCUCAAAGGCGAAGAAGUUGGCCCAGAGUGUAGAAACAGAGAACAGUUCAUCUAAAAAGGCUAAAAAAUUAGCUGCUAAGAAAGUGAAACUGAAGAAAUUAGCCAAGGUAAAAACGAAAGUGCUUCAUGCUGACAAGAAGACGAAAAAAAAGAAAGUUCUUGUUGGAGGCAAAGUAGCCAAAGCAAAGAAACUUGCUCAAGGAACACAGGCCUCUAUCCCUAAACAGAAACAGAGCAAGAAAGUCGCAUCAGUUUCAGCAAACUCUGGUGAUGAUCAGAAAAAGGUUGUGUUAGACUUGAAAAAAAAACCUGGACCAGUGAAAGGGAGUAAGCGUCUUGUGCAAAAGGUUUCAGUUUCUGGAGAAAACAGCAGCAAAAUCCGCAAAGUCAGCAAAUCCCUUGCCGAGAAGGUGCAAAAAAUCAAGGGCAAAACUCUCAUGAAGAUUGAAAAGUCCAAGCAAAGAAAAGAGACUGAGGAUUCUGAUUUGGAUGGGCCUGUGACAUCUGGCAAGCGGAAAAAAGUGGACUCUGUUGAUGCAAAACAGCCAGCCAUCAAAAAGUCCAAAAUCACUGGCCAGCGGUCAGAGACGUUGACCAAGACUGUCGCCAAAGUUUCAGCAGCUGAAAUCUCCAACCUGAGUGCCCUUUCUGCUACAAGCGAGGAGAAACCAGAUAUUUCAGAUAAGGUUUGUUUGCCACCCUCUGUCACCCAUGAUGCAGAGGAAACUGACAUUCCAUUUGUACAUAAAAAACGCUACGUGUACAAGGGAUCAUCACAAGAGCAUUCAGUUGAGUCUUUAGAUGUUGAUCCAAAUAAUAUGGCUGUCAGUGAGGACACUGAAAAAGGACAAAAUCUCUCACAUGAAGGGGAUUUGGACACUGUCUCAUGUGCACUUGAUGGUGCGCAGGUGACAAAAUCUUGUGAUGCUAGCAGUGUGCUGGUGCCAGCUCCUAAUGAGAUUGGUGUUGUACAGCUGCAGGCUCCAAGCCCAGUGAGCAAUGUGCAGAUACCAGCUCCCAGUGCUGUGGUGAAGGAACAAGUGUCAACAGCCAGUAGAGAUUAUUCUAAAGAGGUUGCAGCUAUAGACAAUGUGAAAAUAACUGUUCCUUGUACAGUAGAUGGUGAGAAAGUGGAGGCCUCUGUUAAGGCUGGAAGUGGACAGUCGGCGGCCCCCGUUAAAUCUGUCAUCGGACCGUCGGAGGCCCCCGUUAAGUCUGUCAUCGGACCGUCGGAGGCCCCCGUUAAGUCUGUCAUCGGGCCGUCGGAGGCCCCCGUUAAGUCUGUCAUCGGGCCGUCCGGAGGCCCCUCUGUCAUCGGACCGUCGGAGGCCCCCGUUAAGUCUGUCAUCGGACCGUCGGAGACCACCGUUAAGUCUGUCAUCGGACCGUCGGAGACCACCGUUAAGUCUGUCAUCGGACCGUCGGAGACCACCGUUAAGUCUGUCAUCGGACCGUCGGGGGCUCCCGUUAAAUCUGUCAUCGGGCCAUUGGGGGACCCCGUUAAGUCUGUCAUCGGGUUGUCGGAGUCGCCUGUUAUUGAACUGUCGGAGGCUCCAACUAAGUCUGUCAUUAGACCAUUGGAGGUGCCAACUAAGUCCGUCAUCGGACCGUCGGAAGCGCCAACUAAGUCUGUCAUCGGGCUGUCUGGGGCACCAGCCGAGUCUGUCAUCAAGCCAUCAAUGGCGCCUGUUAAGCCUGCCAUUGGUCUGUUGGAGGUGCCAGUUAAGCCUGCCAUUGGUCUGUUGGAGGUGCCAGUUAAGCCUGCCAUUGGUCUGUUGGAGGUGCCAGUUAAGCCUGCCAUUGGUCUGUUGGAGGUGCCAGUUAAGCCUGCCAUUGGUCUGUUGGAGGUGCCAGUUAAGCCUGCCAUUGGUCUGUUGGAGGUGCCAGUUAAGCCUGCCAUUGGUCUGUUGGAGGCACCAGCUAAGCCUGCCAUUGGGCCGCCAGCUAAGCCUGCCAUUGGGCCGCCGGGGUUGCCAGCUAAGCCUGCCAUCGUGCCACUAGCUAAGCCUACUAUCGUGCUGUCGGGGUCGCCUGCUAAGCCUGUCGUCGUGCCGCUGGCUAAGCCUACAAUCGUGCUGUCGGGGUUGCCAGCUAAGCCUGCCAUCGGGUCGUCGGGGUUGCCAGCUAAGCCUGCCAUCGGGCCGUCGGAGUCGCCAGUUAAGCCUGCCAUCGGACCAUCAGUUAAGUCUGCUAUUGAGCCAUUGAGGUCGCCAGCCAGGCCUGCCAUCGGGCCGUCGGGGUCACCAGCUACACCCGACAUCGAGCCGUCAGCUACGCCAGCCAUCAGGUUGUCGGGGCCGCCAGCUACGCCUGCUAUCGGGCUGUCGGGUGUGCCAAGUCAGUCUGCCAUUGGGACAUCCGGGGUGCCAGCUAUGUCUACCAUCAGGCCGUCGGAGUCACCAGCUACAUCUGCAAUCAGAUCUUCAGGGUCACCUGCAAAGUCUGUCAACAGGCCGUCGGAGUUGCCUGCAAAGUCCAUCAUUGGUGUGUCAGAGGCAUCAGCUAACUCUGUCAUUGGACUGAUAGAGGCUCCUAUUAAAACUGAUAGUGGACAGACUGAUAGUGAAGAUAUCGGUACCCAAAGUACCUUUGUCAAUGAACAGAGUGCUAAAUCUUGUACAUUGACUAAUAAAGACACUAGGCAAAUACUUUCAGUUGAAAUUGCUGAAAAUAUGUUAAACACUUCUUGCUCAGCUGUCGACAAAUAUACUAAGAGCUCCUUGUGUGAGUCAGAGAGUAUGGGUAAUAGAUCGUCCAGUUUUAUGGACAGUGAAAAGGUUCCUAGUUCUAGCCAGAUUGAUCAUGUGGGUGUAGGGGAAACAAGACUGAACUACAUCCAUAAUGAAACAGUUGAUGGCAAAGAGAAAAUUGUAAAUAUUCCUAAAGCUGAAAAUCAGAAAUCUACCUUUUCUGUGCAAAGUAGUGAAGUUACAAGACCUUCGUUGCAUGAUCUGGCUGAGAUUGAAGAAAAACCAGACAGAUUGCCUUUAAAUGUUGUUGACAGUAAACAAAAAAUGCCUCUGGUUCUCAACAAAUCAUCGGUCUUAGAGAAUUCAGAUCCAAAGGUUUUUAAUUCUUUGGACAAGUUAAACAGCAAUGCUAAUUUGGCAAUUCAGAAGUCUACAGGCAGCAUUACCACUAUGCAAUGCUGUGAGAAGUCAGUUCAAAAUGCAUUAACAGUGAAAAGCUUUGUUGGUGAUAUUGAUUCUCAAGUGACAUCUUCCAAGAGAGACAAAACCGAUGACUCAUGUGCUGAAGUUAAAAAGGAUGAGCAGCAACUUAAGGAUGGAGAUGAAGCUGCAAAAUCUGAGAUGUGUGUGCCCAGAGCUAACAGCUCGUCUUCAGAAUGUUCCUUGCAAACACCUGUUGCCAUUCCUGUGCAUAUCAAGGAUGAAGUAGCAAUGGAAAAGCAAAAAGAAAAUCAAGCUGCUUCUGACUGUUCUGAAGUGAAGAAUUCUUCAGCUGGACAAGAUCUUUCAGUCACUAUGACGGUGCAACCUUCGGAAACAACCAAAGUGAUUUUACAUGAAGCAGAUUCUGAACCAAACCGAGAGAAACAACCAACAUUGUCAGACAUUGAUGCAGUAUCGGCAUUCUCGAAGACUUCGUCAACUCUGUUGCAUGCCACUUGUAAAUCAUCAGAAUUGUUGCCAACCAAAGAUUCUAGGAGUCUCCUCAAAGACUUUAGUGAACACAAUGCAGUUGAUGUUGAUUUUGAAAAACCCAGCCAGCAUCAUGAUGACAUUUCUGAUUUAAAACCUAAAACAUUCUUGUCAGCAGAAAAUAAAAAUAAAAAAGGUUUAGAAUUGGUCACUGUCACUUAUUCCAAAACAGAUUUCCCACCAAGAUCUUUACAGAAAUUAUCCUCAGAGGAAGCCUCUUGCCAAGCCGAAGCAUCUACCAUUUCAAAAUCUGUGAACAUUCCUGCAGCAUCAUCAGCUUGUUCGGAAUUACCAGCGGUGCCAUUACUCUCUACCAAACAGCAGGUUUCUAAAGUAUCUUGUGACAAGACCAUUGUCUCAAACCAGCCACAGUCUGUUAGCAGCAAAGAUAAGAACAUAUUUGCAUCAUUUUCAGAUUUGGAUAGCUCUUUGUGCCAGAAGACAAGGUCAGUUAUCAAAAUGGCUCCCAAGGCUGAAACAGCUGCAACCGAGGUAUCUCUGGCUGACAGAAACAUUGUUCCAUUGCCUACAAACAGACAGUCUUCUUUUACACAGGUAGAAUCAUUGUCCAUGGAGAAAAGUCUCCCAUUAACAAGUAGCAUAACAGUGACCCAGGGGGACAGUAUCACUUCCUCCUCUGUUUCUUCUUCUUCAUCACCAUCAUCCUCAUCUCUAAAGUCUGCCGUCAAUGCCUUAAAAGUCUCACCCAAUGACCCAUCUAAAAAAGACUCCUCCACAGCCUUCCACGAACUGGCACCAUCAUCUCUGACCCCUUCUGCAUUUUCUCCUUUAAGUUUAAAAAAUGACAUUUCUAAAACUUCUAUAAAUUUAUCCAAAGACACAACCAAUUUUAUAAGCCAAAAUUUAGUCUCGGAUAGUCUUUUGUGUAAAGCAUCAGAGGUCACUUCCAAAAGUGACCAGUGUGAUUCAAAGGCUACUCUGAUGGCAGAAAGCUUAGUUUUGGGGUCCAAACGUCCCUUCAUGGCCCAGAAGGGGGAGUACAGUAUUGGUCAGUUGGAAAAUCAAGGCGAUUCAGCAAAGAAGAGUUCUGCAGUUGCUCUUUCAGCUGCAGUGAAAGAUCCUUGUCCAAACAUCUUCUCUAAACUGGACGAUUUGAUUACAUCCAAAGUAACUGGGAAGGGAAGCGAUCUGAAAGAGUUGCCUUCUGCUGUUUCCAAAGCAAAGGACAAGAUAUGUGAUUCAAAAGCAUUAAGUCAGAUCAUUUCUUCGGAAAAUAAAGACACACCCAUUUCUGCUAAGUCAGCUGAACAAGAUGUCGGUUCUCUUGAUGCUGCUUAUUUUGAAACUCCUGUCCACCUGACAAAGGAUUCUAAUAUUGAUAUGCAAACUGGAUCAAAAUCACAAGGGUUAGCUACAGAAAAAGAAAUUUUGCCUGCCACAGAGAAAAAUCCUAGUGAUUCUCUAAAUAUUACAGCCACUGAAAUGACUGUGGAAGUUAAUAAAAUUGAUCAGGUUUCUUGUAAACCUCCCACGAAUGCUCAGUUAGAAACAGAAGCGAAAACAGUUUCUGUAACAACUGAGAUCGGUUUGUCAUCAGAGCCCAAAUCAGAAUGUGAGAAUGAUUUGUUCAAAGAGUCUAAAGCAGAAACAUCUAAGAAAUCUACUUUGACUGAGGAACGUAAAGAUUCUUCCUUUGUUCUCGAGACAGAAAGACAACAGUCACAGAAAGUAUUCUCACAGAAAGUUGAAAAAGAAAUUAAAGUUGAAACAGAGCCCUCAAAAUCUUUAAGUGACUCCUCAGAAAAACCAAAGCAGUCAUUAUCUAUUGAGAAAACCCCAGCAGAAAUGGAAAUUAAUACACUCUUGCCUUCAUGUAAGUGUGACCCUCAGGUUCAGAGUUUGACUGACGCACCAUUGAGUCCUAAAACCCCAAGUCUAGCUGUUGUAAAAACAAGUGAUCAUUCAACAACUGAAAUGAUAGUGGUCGAAAAACCCGAGAGUGUUAGUAUAAAUACUGUCACUUUACAGUCAACGUCUAUCAAGGGAGAUAACUCUCAGUUGGCACCUAAAAACAAAAUCGAUGAAGAACCUGUUUCAAAACAUUCCCUGCAUGACGCAGAAGAAACAAGUCUUGCAAAGAGUGAUUCAUCUCCAAUGCAGGUUACGGAAAAAAAAUUGAAUGAAGAUGUACAAGGAUGCAAAGACAAUGACGCUAAAACAUUGGACAAAAAAGAGGAAAAAACAUCAACAGAAUCUGAUGAUCAUGUUUCAACCAUUAAUACAAUGGCCAAAACAUCCAUUGUUCCCAUUGCCGAAGAGGCCUCAGCAAAAGAGAUGGCUGUAGACGCUCACUGCCCUCAAGUUGAAGACCAUAAAGAGAAAAACAAAGAAGACUUAAAGGAGACAUCGCAGAAUCUAGUAGGAAAUGUUGAUGAGGAUCCCAAACCAGCACAACUGGUGUCACCCCAAACUACCUCAGACUCACAAAAGGUGUCGGUGGAUGCUCUCAGCCCCAAACAAGAUGAAGGAAAGACUCAACAAGCAAACCUUGUUGCGAAAUCUCCAAAGACAGUUGAUGAAGCAGCUGGAACGGACAAAGACACUGCUUUGGGGGAAGAUGCUGACACAGCUGUUAAAAGUAAACCAUUAUCAAAAAGCUCUAUAUCCAAUGUGAAAUCAGAAGGGACCAGUACCCUGCAGGUUGUUGACUCCCCACAAAUUCCUAACCCUGAACAAGAUGACAAGGUCAACAGUAAGGACCAAACAGCUGCAAAUGACCUGAAACCACAAUCCCAUAAGAAAACCGACCCAGAGCUACCCAAACCCAUUGUCACAUCUUCUAACGCUGGAACUAUCACUGCCGAAUCUAUUAAAACCCAGAAUGAGAAAACGAGCGAUAAAGUUCUCCAGCCAGAGAAGAAACUGAGCAACACAGCCAUUCUCGAGCCUCCACCCACCCCUUAUCCACCACCUUAUCUCUCACCAAAGCAUCUCCAAGAUUCUGCAGAUGAAACUUCAGCCACACGGGGCAAGGUUGGGAACAGCUCCUCUCCAUUGGCAGUUGCUCGAUCCAAGGUUGUAACUCGGCCGUCAUUUGUGGUCCUUGACAAUUGCUUUGUAUGCGUCAUUUGUUAUCAAACGUGUCAAAGCAAGCGGACAUUUCAAGCACACAUUUGGUGGCAUUUUCACGUGUGCAGCAAACUUUGUAACCACUGUCCUAGCGUGCAGAAAAAUGCAGAUAGCACUGUUGGAUUGCAGCAGCAGCCACACAAGUGUCCUUACGUUUUGGAUGUGAUGUUGAAAAUCUGCCGUGCCCGGAAAAAAAUGCACCGGUCAAUCGUCCGGUCAGAUGCUGACCAGAGUAACCGUGAGAAAACGUUUGCAGAGGAUGAGACUGAUACAGAAAGCGUGGACUUGGAUUACGAACUGGGCAACGGUGGUAGUGGUGGCGGAGGUGACAUUUUUGGUGGCAAACCCACUGAUCAGUCGCUGCUCUCCACAUCCCAAGGGCAAGACAUAGCUCAGUCGGAAAAAGACGGCAAAUCCUACACCAACCUCACAGAUGACAACAACAGCAUCUUUGCACCGGCAAAUGUCGACUAUCUCCGCUCGCUAUACUCGAGUGGCAGCAAAAAGCGCACCAAGAAAUCGUCGUCGGCCUCAAACGCCCAGAACCACCACCACCACCACCAUCACCACCACCACCACCACCACAGUUCUUCCUCUUCGUCUUCCUCGUCCACUUCUUCCUCUAUGGUUACUUCGUCGGCAUCAGCUACUGCCCAGAAGAAAGGUAGCUUUUAUGUGUGUGGCUUUCAGUAUUGCACCUAUUCUUGCAUGAAUUGCCUGCAGUUCCGUCUACACCUACAGCAGUGUCAUAACUUUGAGACAGUCUUUCCAUGCUACCACUGUGGUCAGAUGAACUAUUCAAAGGACGAUCUCAUCAAGCACAUGUACAACCACUCCAAUGCUCGAGAUUUUCUCCUCUUCCGCUGCUCCUUUCCCCGUUGCCGAUUUGGCUCUAACAUGCUGCAGGAAUUCCAUGAACACAACAAUAUUUUUCAUGUCGGCGAGCUGGUCUUUACUUGUUUCUACUGCAGUACAGAGUUCUCGGAGCUGUCCCAGCUCCUUGCCCAUUUGCAGUCAAAUCUUCUCAAAUUUGUGCAGUGUCCUCACUGCACGGUGAAGGAUCGCAACCGCCGAACGGUCCUCAACCAUAUCUCGACAGAACAUCCACUGAAGCCCAAGCAAAUUGUUGUCACCAGCCAAGUGGUGUGCAAGAAGAAACAGACUGUAUCCCCUGACCAGAACUCGGAACUCUCACAGCACCAGCAACAGCUUAACCUUCACCGGAGCCUUUCUGAGGACCGGAUCCUUGAGUGCAUCAAAUGCGGGUUGUUGUGUCGAAAUAUUGCAACCCUCCGAAGGCACUCUCGGGUCUGCCUGAAGGAUGCUCUCUCACACAAGAAAUCGUUUGCCUCGUCACCCAAAGAGAACCACUGGACUCUGGUCUAUUCUUGUCAGUGGUGUAGCUUUCCGGCUUCGUCUGACACAAUGCUUUUUCAACACACAGUCGACCAGCAUCCAGGUAAAAAUGCCAACUUUGAACAGAUAGAGUUAAAGAUAUCUGGGUCAAGCGGCAACAGCGGCGAAUCAAGGCUGUCUACGUCGUCUUGGCUUGAAGCAGCUAAAAGUGGCGCUUUCAUCUGUCCGUAUUGCAAAGUGGCAUUUCACAACGAGAGAAAUUGGAGCGAGCACAUGGAACGAGAGCACAAUGGAGACGAGCAUGAUAUCAGCAACAAGAAGGGGCUUGAUGGGGAGAUGAAAUACCCGUGUGACUUCUGUGAAUUUAAUGGUACCUCGGAGCAAGACCUUCACGAACACCAGCAGAUCAUGACAGCAACGGAAGGGCCCGAUGGCAUGCAUCGGAAAGUCGUUGACUUGGCCAACAUCACUCCGAAGGUGACCUUAUUGACUGACACGAAACUGACUGUGAGUAAUGUUCUUUCGUUUAAGCGUUUCAAACGCUCUCCAAGCAAAAAGAUGAACAAUGCUUAUUUCAAAUGUUCAGGUUGCCAUUUCCGCAGCCUGAGCAAGUGGCAAUCGCUCAGGCAUGUCAAGCACUGCUCACUUGCCAAAAGGCGCCUCUCAGAGUAUAUCCGCAAACGCAGUGCCAUGGGUAAUGGUGGCACAGAUGAUGUAAAAAUUGAACCCGUGGACCUGGACAUUAAACCGUUGGAAAUGGAUGAAGAGCCCCUGUCGUCAGCAUCGCCAUCCUCAGACCGUCCAAAGACAGCCCUCGAGGAUGCUGAAGUGCGUAAUGAGUGGAGCACACGGAUGAUGUCGUACAUGAGGGACAAGCAGAUGAACCUGAUGGCCAAGGAAGGGAUCCUUGACUGCACAGAUUCUGAAGGGUAUCGUUGCUCAAUAUGCCGGCACACGGGCAAGACUAUGAUCAACAUACGGCAACACUUGUGGAAGACACAUCUGAAGUUGAAGCCCGUCCACUGCCCCUGCUGUCCGUUCACUUCGUGGAAGAACUACACCCUGGAGAAGCACAAGAUCAGCAAGCAUCACCAUUCCCAUCCGAAUUUGUCCGACUAUGAGAUGAAGACUCUCGCCCAGAACCUGCAAGGCACAUCUGACGGUCUCGUCGAUUGCCAGCUCUGCUUCUACAAGAGCCCUAGUUCCUACAAAGUGCGUACGCAUAUCUGGCGGACACACAUGCACCUGGAGAUGAAAC